AAUUCAAUUACCUGAUCAGUCACGCGCCUAGACCAAUCGGUCAGUGAGUACUCCCUUAAAAGGUAAUGCAAUUUGCAUGUACAGUACGUGCUAUAUUCUUCCGAACAAAAAGUUCGACCAGAUAAGGGCAAUAUCUGCAACCGGGCCAGCCAAUCAGUUGUAUGAAACUACUUAUUAAGUACGAUACUCAUUUCGUAGUUAAUGACGCGAUUAUUAUUGGUUAACCUUUGCACUAACUACAUUUUAUACAACCUGCCCCAUAGUGAAAACCAUACUACGCAAUCAGAUUUGCAUCACUGAUUAGGCCUAUAUAACUUGACUUUGAUAUGGUUUCCACAUUUCAAUAUUUGGCGCAGAUACUGUACAUGUAGGCUUAACGUACCUAUUUUUCCCUGAGAAAUAAAGACGACAUCGAUCGAUUCAAGACUUCAUUGAGAGAUCCCUGACAACUGUGGGCAAUUUCCACAACGAUUGAUUUAUUUGAGAUAGCAUUGUUAGAUAUGUAUAUAUAUAUAUAAUUCAAUACAUACAGUCUUAUAAUGCUCACUCAAAUAACCAUUCACUGCACAAUACUGUACGUUCAUUCAUUUUCAAACUCCAUCUGGAUACAUGACUCGUGAAAAUUAUUGAUACUUGAUUUAUUUGAGAUUAGCAUUGUCUGAUAUGUAUACUAGCUGUAAAUAUCAUUCAAUACAUGUCUUUAAUGUUCACUCAAAUAACCAUUAUCAAUACACAAUAUGGUUUCAUUCUCUAUCUGGAUACAUGGCUCAUGAAAAUUAUUGACACUCACAUAGGCUUAUGGAAGAUACCAAUUCACUCUUUCUAAAAUUGAAAUCUGAAUUACAAAUUACAGCAUAUACUGUAUCAAUCCGGCAAGAUAACAGAUAUGGCCAUGAACAUUUGUGUCAGACUUAUACUUAUCAACGAUGUUAUAAAUUUAAAUCUACGCAAGGAAGAUGAGGACUUUAUCUGGAAAAGCGAUUUAACUUCACACUGUAGGUAGCGAUUUCAAACUGGUAGGAAUAUGGUCGCCCCUUAAUCCUGAAACAAAGCUAUUAUUCUCAGUUGAAACUUUGCUUUGAGAUGAUAUUGAGAUGAUAUUCCCUUCAGGAAGAGAGAAUGCAUGGAAUUACGGAGGACAACGAAUCCACGAGGUUAAAGUAUCUUCACGGGAAAAAAAGGUGGUAGGAUAUAAAAUAUUUAUGAAUGCGCAAUAGAGACUAUAUAGCGCUGCUUAUGUUUCCAGGGAUCCAGCGUUACCAAGUUCAUAAUCAUUUGGAGCUACGUACAACAUUGUAAAUCCAUACCAGUAUGUUUUGUAACUAGUGAAGACUCUUAUGAAAACCGAACAACAAAACAAAUUGGAGUAGAGGACAAGAACGUUGAAGGAACAGAACGUAAUUGCGACUAUCAGUUGUAAGCUGUUUAACGGUGCAAAUUCAAAAGAAUCAAAACGACCACAAAAGAGUCGUUCUGGGAUCAAAUUAAUAAGAAUUAAAAAUGAAGGACGCAAGAGCUGUGGACAAUAGCGGACCAUGAAAGAAAAAGAAAAUCUAAUAAAAGAUAAAUAAAAGAAAAGUUGACAGGGUGGGUUAGGUAAAAGGGCCCACAGUAAUUGGCAUAUGCUGUUGUGGUGACCCUGUCCUAGUUGGCAAAGCUAAAUAAAUCAAUAAAUAGAAAGGAAAAGUGAGUAAGAAAGAAAAAAGAAACUACACCGCUGUAGAUUAGUAAGCGGGAUUAGAAAGAGGAAAAACAGCAUCAGCAAAUACAAAGAGGUUAAGCCCGACGCCAUGUCAGUAAACUGUGAGUCCAUUAAUUAUUGAAAGACGAUUGUGUUUGGUUUCGGCAACACAAAACUCUGGGAGCGUUCGGGCAUGCUCCGCCCGAGAAUUCGAAAGUCUCUUGUAAUGACAUGCCCUGUCGAUAAUUUACGGAAAGCAUUUUUCGAUUCUUGGAGGAAAUGGUAGCAAGCUUAAAAGGGCACAGCAUGGAACGUCCAUUGUAAAAACACAUGUAAAAACCGAAAACAACUCAAUCAUUUCUUAAGAGGGAGAAAUAAAAUACCAAGAGAGGAAAGCAAAAAAAAGAUAGAUGCAAGAGGUGAUUGAGUGACUAAGUUGUAUUUUGUGAUCAAUGUAAAAUUUUAGUGAGGGGGAAUUAAUGGAAGAUAGUGUGUGUCUGUGUCUGUUAAAGACCAACAGGGUGUGAACAGGGGCAUUAAUAUCAAGGUGAUGUAAAGUCCGUUCUGCGCAUACGUUCUGCGCAGGCCUACAUUCCAAUGGUCGGGACCCGACCAUUGGAAUGUUGUUAGUUGAAUCUCUAGUCUAUAUUAAUUUACAAGCAUAGCGAAUCAGAAGAGUGUUAAAAAUUCAGUAUAAUAUAUAUCUAAUCAUAUUUUACAACUGUAGUACUGAGUUCAAAAUGUAAACAAAGCGUUUGUUUACAUUACGGACUUUAUAUCACCUUUAAUAUGGCCAGUAUGAGUACUUAUGUAAAACAAUUUUAUUAUAGUUAUUAUACUAUAACUGCACCAUCAGUAAUGUCAAUAUGUCUGCUGUUAUGUAGCUGUGGGCAUUAUUGAUGCCAGACACUGCUUUAGAAAAUCGGAUUACAUCACAAUGGGGAGAAAUUGGUUUUCAAGGAAAAAAUCCGGAGACUGACUUCAGAGGAAUGGGUAUGAUUGUCUUUUCUUUAUUCCCCUUUAUUCUGGUUGUAUUAGCCUUCAAUUUGUUGAAUUGUAAUUUUUCUUGUGAACUUUUGAUUGGGUGAUAUAUUUAGUACAUGUUUUUACUCAUUGUUGAAUAUUAUUUGUUUGCGAUGAUACAGAUAUGCAUGCAUGCAUGUACAAAUAUAAUUAGUACACAACAUUAGUCAGACACAAUGAUGUAUACGUUAAAAUUAUAAACUCUUUGUAAUAUUUUAGGAAUUCUUGGAUUGGAAAAUCUUCUGUAAGUGAAACAAGCUGUGUUUAAACUGUUGAUGUUUUCUGAUAAAUAAUUUGUGUUUAGACAUCUCUCAAUUUUUGAUAAAUAUAUCUUGAUUACUUUGGUACAGUAGUAGUCCACAUUAUUUGUCUGUAGCCGUAUAUGUUAAAGCGCAUGCGCCAAUGUGCGGGACGCCUAUAUGUGGGAUAAUACACCCUUACGAAAAGUAGAGUACGUCACUUUAGCUAUAGAGCCUCGUUUUCAUGUAUAUGACAUAAAUCAAAGUUCAAUGUCCCAAUCGCGAAAAAGAGGACCUAUAGCCAAGGUGACUUUCCGGAAGGUUUAUUAUCCUUUCUCACGCCAUGCGACCUGGCCUUGCCGUCAAUUUUGGGUGGAAGUAGCUUGAUAUGUAGCCGACUACGUUUUGAUAUUUUUGUUCACUUUAGCAUUAUUCUCGUUUUUAUUCUUUAGAUAUUUUGCAAAGAAUCGAAAUGAUGUAGCUAGAAAAGUAUUAUCUGAAUCACACCAUCCAACGUAUUGGUAAGAAAAAUACUGUAUUUUAGUAUCAGUGAAGAUCUGGUAACACAAUCGUCGUACAGUUUGUUGUGCAAUCCAUACUGCACCCGAAGGACGUAACUAUUCCAGCUAUCGAAUGGAAGUUAGUGUCCCAGAAGUAGUGUUUUUGGAGCCGAUCGGCCCUCUUUUUUGAGGGUGCCUAACUGCCUAUGAUGCUGAGGGUGCGUGAAGAUGUUGAACGUGCGUUUAUUGGGGUGGUGUAGUUAGGGUGGAAGGGUGGAGUUGGGUGGAUUAAGGGAUCAUUGGGAUCGCACCAGUGUUCAGAUAAAUGAGGGGAUCUCGAAAGGGGUUUUGAAGUGGAUUAUGUGAAUGCGAAAAUGUAUCCAUUUUGGAAGCAAAACAUGGAAACGAGACAGUGUGGGACAGACUGUUUCGGUGAGUAUGGACAUAUAUUAUGUCGAACAUGCUAAGGCGUGUUUGUGAUAUAGCGACAAAGUACUUCGGGAACACUAGGGCCUUGGUAGGCUAAUUUGGAUAAAGCUUUGGCAAUGAGAACUGAGCGGGUGGAUUAAGAUUAAAAACAUUUGUUUGAUUUCACUGGUUUUGUGUAGAUAAUAAAAACUAAUUUGAUGAGGGGCGAACCAUUAGAAAACUGAUGGGGGAGGGGGGAUUUUCAGCUUGCACAGCGUUCGCUACGCACACUUGCGCUCCCUUGCACACCCUCGGUACCCUAACGCACCCUCAACACCCUUUACAUGUACGUACCCUGAUGACUCUUGCGCACCCUCACCGUCCUUACGUGCCCUUACGCACUCUCGACACCCUUACACACCUUCAGCAUCCUUACGCAUCCUCGGCACCAUUUAAAUAAACUGUUUGUUGUGCAAUUCCGAUUAUUCUUCAUGAAUAUGUUACGUUUCCUAUAUUUUUCAGGUACUCAUUUGCUAUAGUUGGCAUAAACCUCACUGCUUUGUCGUGGGAAUUGUUAAAAUCUGGAAUUUACAAACCUCACUUCUACAACAUCGCAACACAAAAACCUACACUUGAUGAUUUCCACAAAGUUUACUGUGAGUAAUGCUUGUUCUAUUGUAAGGUAACCCUAGUUUCCAUUUCGUUGUAAACUGUCGUGACCAAGUCGUGUUCGACGAUGUGAAAUAGUCUGCAUUUAUACCAUAUCUCAAAUUUGGAACCAACUAGAGAUAUUUGCCUAAUCGACAAACCUUCGGUUGGUAGGGAUGCAGCUAUCUAAAAAACACAAGGAGAAAUUGAACGUUUCGAGCGAAGACUCUUCGUCGGGAAGUUAGUAGCCUUUCUCGACGAAAGGCCUUCGCUCGAAACCUCGAAUUUCUCCUUGUAUUUUCCAGGUAGUUGCAUCCCUAUCAACCAAAGUUUUGUUAUUAUUGGCGCUACCUACACUGGAUCGUUCAAGAUUUGCUUAAUCGGUUCUUUCGUUUCCAAAUUAAGGAGAUGAGAUGCUUCUCAUGCUGUCAAUGUAACAGAUCUUUGUAGCAUCAUUGACAUGAACAUUGAACCUUUCUUUUUACACACAUCUCCUAAUUGUAAUUGUAAUUGUAAUUGUAAUUGUAAUGGUUAUUCAUUUUAAUGUGGUAACUAAUAUUUGUGUUAUAUCAUUAUUACCUCUAUUUGUGAUGAUGCUCUUUGAGUGUGUCUAUAUACCGGGCAAUCUGAACAUUUUGCUUGAUCGCGGUGGGAAUGGAACUCACGAUUUUUGGUUUUGUUAGUCCAGUGGACCAAUGCUCCCUAACUGAACUACGAGGUCAAGUCGGUUCAAGUGGGUGAUAUUUCGGAACUCAGUCAAUCAUGGUGUUAUGCAUCAUUACAAAUAACAAAUAUAUCUUCACCCGAGUACAUAAGACCAUAAUUCUUACAUUCAUGGUUAUAAAAACACGUACUGAUAUCGAAGAAACUAGACUGAAUUUCGAAAUAUCACCCACUCGAACCGACGUGACCCAGUAACUCAAAGGUCGCGAGUUCGAUUCCCACCGCAGUCAAGCAAAUUUUCAGCGUGCCCGGUGCAGGCACAUUCAGAGUGUCAUCACAAUACUGUAUACCUGAAUACAAAACACCAUAAUUGUUACAUUCAUCAAUACUAUUUUCGAGUAUUUAUAACAUGAGCAUUGGGCAACCAUUCCCUACGUUUAUCGACUUUAAAUAAAUCGUUGUGUUGUGUUGUGUUGUGUUGUGUUGUGUUGUGUUGUGUUGUGUUGUGUUGUGUUGUGUUGUGUUGUGUUGUCAGCAUCUUUCUUGUGUUUAGAGUGCUGUAUGCAAAUCAGUUUUUUUCUGAUUAAAGAGCUAGGUACUUUAAUUGCAUCGGCCACCUUGAUAGGUUCACGACGAUUACAAUUAAUGAAAGCAGACUUUACUAGUUCGCCAACAGGCGCAAUAGAUACUUGAUACCGUAGAAUGUGACGUCUCUUCCGAACGUUUGAAAUAUUUCAACAAUUUUUCCGGAAUAAGUGAUAAUAAGUUUAAACCAUGUUUAUCCUGCACCAUUCAGGCAUUAAUGGCUUUAUUUUCUUAAUUAUAUUAAAUUACCUUGUAUGUUUAAUUUGGCAACUUUUUCUUUUCAACCAAUUUAAUUAAAUGACCCCCAAAAAUUAACAGCCUCGAUAAGCUGCUAAUUCCGGGCGUAACGAGCCAGGUAUUUCUACAAUUCCACGGUAUAGUUGAUUCAACUGUGAUAUUAUGAACCAACUUUUCCAUGGUUUAAUUUUUAUGAAUGGAGGCAGAGGGGACAAGGAGUGAAACCUCCAAAGUAGCGACUCCCCACAGGCGGGUCGUUAACUGGUGGUUAACAUUUGUUAUUCAUUUCAUAGGUUGCUUGUUCCGUGAAUUUAGUUCGUUCUGGUUGGAACAGAAGCCGGCUUCUGUUAUGGAAUUUAACCGAAUUAGAGAAGAAUUUCGUGAGAAUAUUAUUUGCACUCUUCAAAAUCCAGCUGCAGUUUUAGCCGUAGAUGAUCCGUGCGCCAAAACUGAUAUAGGCAGCACCUCGGUUCAAUCCUUCACAUCUCAGGAUUUUGAUUGACAUAUUAAAUAAUAAUAUAUUAAUAAGGUAUGUAAAUCCUAGGUUUUGUCCAACCAGUUCCUAUUUUCUGUCGAUAUAUUGCGAGGAACUGGCGCCAAGAAAGAGCAAUCUCGAGCGUUUUGUUCCUGCCGUUGGUCAUAUCCUCAUACUUUGCGCAUUUAGGUAUGUGAUUGAUGUGAAGACUGUGUCCUCCGCAGAGACGUUUAUUGAGGAUUCUAGUUUAACACGCGGGCUGUAUACCUUGAAAAUAUAAGGCAUUCGGGAAAUUGAUGAACGCGCGCGGCAGCAUAGUCUCUUAUUUUCUGAGAUGUGUAUGAUGAUACAGCCGGCAUCCUUGAUUCCGUGAUGUUAUGCUAACUCUAAUCCCUCUGAGCAUUUGGGAGAGUAAGUACACAUCCCGCGUCCAUUCACAGAUUACCCGCAUGCCUAACAAUUCACGGGUAUAUAGCCCGCAUGUUUAACUAAAAACGUCGUCGGGGGAGAGAGGGGAAGAGAAAUGCAUGCGCGAAACAGGAUAUUAGCCAAUCGUGUAUUUAUCGAGUCGUCAUUUAUCGAGUCGUACAGUAUAUUUAUCGAGUUUGCAAAAGGGAAGCAAACUGGCUUCGUGGGGAAGAACAUACUAUAUUAUUCAUAUGUGACACGAUGAUUUUUAUAAUUAAAAACUUGUAAACAUAUGUCAGGUUUGGAAAUUUUACAUAUUCAGUAGCAUAAUUUUCCCGCCUUUUCAGUGGAAGCAUUUUUAUAUGACUAACCUCUUUGUUUUUUAUCAAUUCUUUGUAUUUUUGUACUAAUGUGGCCCAAAUUGGGAUUCACCUUCCCCGUGCCGGUUUUUAUCUAUGUAGCCUCCCCCUGGGGACUUCUGGACUGGGGGAUUAGUCAAAGGUGG